CAUGCUAACUUCUUCCGUAGCGUACCACGUUGUGACCAUAAGAUUCAGUCUGAGUGAAGCAGCAGAGUCUGUUUGUCUGGAUAAACUUGUUGAAGUGGACUUUGUGUAAACUUUCAGGAUGUUUCAGCCCAGACUUAUCUCCCGUUAGCCAACAAUGCUGAAGGAAGUUAUCGUAGCUUGCUAGCAGGAAAUAGACGGAGCUCGGCCUCACGGUGCUAGUCGGAGUAGCUUCGACAGAGACCAAACUGUAUUUUUCACGGAGCCCAAAUGUCCAGAUAGAGCUGUGUGAAUAGACUCUGUGCUGUUCCCUUUAUUUGACGCUGUUUUCCAUCUGAACGAUCUGCUGCUGUCCGACGAAGCUCAUGAAGCUAACUUAGCCUGCUAGCCGGAAAUAGACGGAGCCGAGCGUCAUUUAAUCAUCAGAGAGAACAAACAGUUUCUAACGGAGUGAGUCUGGAGGAAAAGCUGCUGUGAAUCAGUCAAAAUGUCUAAAGUCCAAACGCUGAGAGCUUUUGUGAAGCAGCGACUAACUGCGGCUGCUGAAGAGAUAUUUGAGCAGUUUGAAAGAACGAUAGCAGAGUACGAGGAGGAAGUUUGUCGACAACAGAAACUACUGGACGCUGUUUUCAAGCCUGAAGUCCGGUUACACAGAGCAGACGUCCAGCUGCUGUUGGUGAGGAAAGAAGAGGAUCCUCCUGAGCAGCAGGACUGGAGAUCCAGUCUGGACCAGGAGGACCCAGCAGAGCCGCCUCACAUUAAAGAGGAACAGGAGGAGCUGUGGACCAGUCAGGAGGGAGAGCAGCUGGGAGGUCUGGAGGAGGCUGAUAUCACCAAGUUCACGUCCCCUCCUGUCCCUGUGAAGAGUGAAGAAGAGGAUGAAGAGGAACCUCAGUCCUCACAGCUUCAUCAGAGACAAACUGAACAGAUGAAAACAGAAUCUGAUGGAGAGGACUGUGGAGGACCAGAACCAGCCAGGACCUCAGAUCCUGUUACACCUUUACCACCUGAGACUGAUGACAGGACUGCAGAUUUUUUUAAACUUAAGGAAAAAGUCAGUGCUGAUUGGAAGAAAUGCAGUGAACCUGAGUCAGGUUUAAACUUUCUGAAAAGUAACAGUGAAUGUCAUUCUGCCAGGAAAUCAUUGAGCUGCCUUGUGUGUGGUAAACGAUUCAACCAUAAGUCAAAUCUUCAGAAACACAUGAGAAUUCACACAGGAGAGAAACCAUUUAGUUGUUCAGUCUGUGGUAAACGAUUUGCAGAAAGUGGAACGCUGAGGCAACACUUGAAUGUCCACACAGGAGAGAAACCUUUCAGCUGCUCAGUUUGUAAAGCAAGGUUUGGUGACAGAGGCACUUUGUCCAGACACAUGAGGACCCAUACUGGGGAGAAACCAUUUAGUUGUUCAGUCUGUGGUAAAGGAUUUAGUGCUGGGGGAAAUCUGAGGAAACACUUGAAUGUCCACACGGGGGAGAAACCGUUCAGUUGUUCAGUUUGUGGUCGACAAUUUGCACAAAGCUCACAUUUGAAUUCACAUUUAAGAGUUCAUACUGGAGAAAAACCUUUCAGCUGCUCAGUUUGUAAAGUUAGUUUCAGUCAAAGAAACAGUUUGUUCAGACACAUGAGGAUCCAUACUGGGGAGAAACCGUUCAGUUGUAGCGUUUGUGAUAAAAGAUUCACUCGACUCACUUAUAUCAAAAAACACAAGUGUGUUGGUGAGAGCAGAGAGGUGUACGACGAAGCAAGAUUAAUGGUUUAGUGUGUGUGUUUUGGUUCUCGUUCAUGGUGAUGAAGGAACAUGUGUGAGGCUCACUGAUGUUUUAAUGGAGCUCUGCGACACUGAGGAAGAAGAUCUCAGCCUGUGAUACACACAGAGCUGUUCGCAGUUAGCACUCACUGCUGGUUUGGUUUGAGGUUUGUUGACAAGGAGAAAAUACUGAAUAUGAACAGACUCCCAUCGACUGCAGUCGCCCCUCCUCAGAGAAUAAAUGUGCAGAAAAAAGUCUGUUUUCAGGUUAUAAUGCAAAGCUCACGGCAGAGUAUCAGGAGACUUUUCCGAACAAAGAGCAGUUUGUCUUUUCAGGAGAAAGCCACGUCUGACAUGUUCAGCUGAGCUCUCAGCUGCUCGUUCAUUAAAUCAACUCACGAUUCUUCUGGGCAGACUGAAAGUUUUGGCCUCGUAUCUCAACGUGUGCUGAGAAUCUCUUCUGCUCAUAUAAAACAUGUAGAAAUCUGGACUUGAAAGUGUUUUUCUUCUCUCCAGUGUGACAAACAUUGAGCAGAAAACAAGUCCUGCAGGAAAACCUCCUGUGUGACUGCUGUGAUGAUGUUCCCCCUCAUGUCCACUAGAUGGCAGCAGCGUCUCACUGAACUCCAUUCACAGACAGAGAAAUCCAACCUUUUCUCUUUUCUGUCAACAUUUCUGCUGACUUAUGUGUUGUUUAUUAGUUUGUGUGUGAGGAACACUUCGAGAACAUUCACCACUUAAUAACAGACUCAACUAAGCUCUUCAGUCGUGCCUUAUUGAGACUGAUGGUUCCAUAAAAAUGCCUGAAAGACUCUCAUUUAAGCCUGUAAUGUUUUUAAAGGAAGCAUUCAGAGGACGAUUCAUCGUCACAAAUGCAGAUAUAUAAAUAAAAAUCCCUGUUUUAUUUUUUUAAAGAAUGAAACCAAACAGUAUAUUUAGACCCUUAAGUACUCAACCAACACCAAGGCUGUUCAGACUGUGCAUUUGUGUAAUCUUCUUAAUAUUUUUCUGUAGACUGUUUUUACUUGUAUGUGGCCCCUGGCAAAACCUUUUUCUGUUCAACUGUGUUGUUCUGU